UGGCGAACAUUGACAGACAAACAUGGAAUGUCCUCAUCGAAAACACAAAUAAAUGGCCACCAUUGUUACGUUCUUCCUAAUAUCAAAAGUUUAUGUUUGUAAUAUGGACGCCGACUGUUUAAGGACUGAGAGGAUAAGUUCGAAGAGAGAAAAACGGUGGAGUAUGAACUCGCAGAGGCUGGAGGAGAUAUUGGCGGAGCUGAUGAAACCCAUCAGCGACGUCCGCCGGAGCUUCGACACAGAUUUGAGCGCGCUCCUGGAGGAGUACCUGACGGAGGCGGGUCUGCACGCGCUGGAGGCGGGCGGCGAGGGCGGGGAGGAGGGGCAGGCGGUGCCCAAAUUCGCGGAGCUGGCGCUGCUGCUGCAGCAGUCUGCCUGCAUCUACGGCCGCAAGGUCGACUGCCUCUACCAGCACGUGCUCAGCGUCAGCGAAGACUUGCAUAACACAACAGAAGAGCCGACGACGCCCAGCGGUCCCGACACCACUCGUCGCAAGCGGCGCGCGUCGGAAGCGGCGGAGUGGGCCGCCAUCGCACUGAGCGCGGCGAGCGGCGCGCGGCGAGACCCCGCCCCCCGCCCGCCGCCCACCCUGCCCCGCGCGCACGCCGACCUCGCCCCCCGCCCCGCCGCCGCCGCCCCCCUCACCGACUACGAAGGUGAUACUAUCGGCGCGCUACACGACUUCGCAUGCUGCUGGCGACUGCAGGAUGGGCUGCUGGUGGAGGAGCUGGCGACGGGAAGCGAGGGUGAGGCAUGGCAGCCGCCCGCCCUAGUGGAGCUGCGCGACGCCCUGGACGCGGAGGCCCCGCCCUCGCCGCCGCCGCCCGCCGACUCCCCUCCUCCGUCGCCGCCGCCCUGUGCUACGCCCCCGCCUCUAGCUCCGCACCCGCCCUGCGUCACCCCCGUGCCCUUCACGACACCCUCGCCCUGUGCCACUCCCGUGCCGUUCGCGACGCCCCCGCCCUGCUCGACACCACUACCCAAAGCCGAGAAGAAGGAGAGAAAGCGAAAAAAUGAAACAAAAAUGGAGGACGUCGUAUGCGGCACCGUCAAACUCUUGAUCAGUAAAGAGUUGCGUCUGGCCCUGUCGCAGCCGACGGAGUUCAGUCUGCCGGCGCGGCUGUUGGGGCGCGUGGUGCGCGUGCGCCGCGACCGCCUGCGGGCCGCGCGCGCACAACUCGACCGGCAGCCCGCUCCGCACAAUACAGAGUUCCGCGGCUACGACAUGUGUCCGACGACGGACAUCGGCGAGCAGGGCGGGUUCUGUGGGUGGAGCGGCGAGGAGGCAGCGGCGGCGACGGCGGCGACGCGGCGGCUCGACGAAAGCGACGAUGACGGCUUCUUCGAGCGCAGCUCGCUCGGCGACAGCGACACGUCGCGCGUCGACGAUGCCGACGACGCGUGGCGGUCGCGCGUGCUGGGCGCGGCGGCGGCGGCGGAGCGGCGAGGCGUGGACGUGCACGCGGCCGCCGCGGCGGUGGUGCGCGCACUGCCACCCGCCCACCCCGCCCCCUUCCCCGACCUACUGGCGGACAUCGCCACCGAACCGCACGACGUCGCCAAGUAUUUUCUCGCUACACUCUUCCUGGCGAACGCCGGCAACGUGGAGGUGGUGCAGGGUCCGGUGCUGACGCCGGGCGCGUUCUCCGUGCGGCUGUUGAGCGCCGACCCCGCGCGGUAUCGCCGCACCAUCGCCGCCGACGCCGCGCCGCCGCCCUAACCGCAGACCGUGUGAUAACGACCAUAGAUAAUGCACUAUAAAGCAGGGAGCUCUGGAACCGGAGACAACAAUAAAAUAACGUUGACGCGCGUCGGAGUAAACGUUACGAUUGCGCCUUGGUGCCUGGUGAUGAUCGCGUGAAAUGUAAUGGAAUAUUAUUUCAUAAAUAAUAUUCUUUAAUAAUAAAUCAGUGUACGAUAAAUGAUAAUAAUAAUAAUGAAACUCUAAUGUUAUUGAAAGAGUGUAUAUUGGUUGUGGAACUGUAAAAAUUAUGUUAAAGAAUUCUUUCUAAUAAUUUUGUAAUAUUUUCGUUCCUGACUGUAGGUUAAUACUUUUGUGUUAAACAAAGAUGGUUGGAAGUAUUGGGCUUGUGGUACUUAAGUUUAAUACUUUGCCUUGUAGCUCUUAUGAUGACGAGGGAUGUUAUGCUCUUAAGUCUUCUUAGGUACAACAUUCUCUGCCCCACCAUCAUAUUUAGAAAAAUCAAUGAAUAGUACAUAAUAUUUUCCAUUGUGAAAAGUCACAUCACAGGUUAUAUGCUGGCCAUAUUUGAUUACCGGUUGUUAUGAAUUUGAUUCACUUUAAUCAUCUUAAUGCAUAAUGCUUUAUUUCUAAUCACGAGGCCGUCCCUUCAAAGAGUAAUAUAUAAUUACAAUUCUAUUCUUAUACUUAAAUUAUUGUAUUUUUAA